UUAGUAGACAUGAUACGGGUGUCGCCCAGCAUCGCCGAAAGGUGUCGAAUUUUCUGCAACGGCACAUCAGAUGAUAACGAUGGGAAUUUUAGACGCAAAUUUUGCGAAGACGGAACCACACAAACUGCGUCUGGUAUACCCGUCCCAAUCUCUAACUUGAGGAAAGAUCAUCACCCAACUCAGAAUAGUCUUUUCAACGCAAAUCAAAUGAACAACGACUGUCAUCAAACGCUGGAGUUAUCCCGGAAACAAAGUAAAGAAAAUGAGUUGCAGCGCACACAAAGAAGAUUACGAACUCGAUGGGAGACCCCAAACUCUAACAGCAAAAUUCUCGGUGCUCCUUAUGACAACGACGUCUCUCAUUAUCUGCGACACACAACUGCUGGUUGUUUCGAAACUUAUACCAAUAAUAACGAUAAAAAGUACAAUAACACAACUCGACAAGGUUGUAUGGAUGUACUACAAAAUAUGGAUUCGUGUAGCAAACUAAGCAACUAUUCUUCUACGAACAGACUAAGCGACUGUGAUUGCGAUGUUAGCCCUAAUUUUGAAUUUCAUGACAGCAAAAACAGCGGGAGCGAUGCGCAAAAAAGUCUCGAAACCGCAACCAUGAACUUCAGUGCUGAAGACUUCACAACAACAGCCGAUGAAACAGACGGAUCUAAGACAGACUCACGCUCCCCUUCCCCUCACCGACGAAGCUGGAGAGGAUCACCAGACUUGCGUCCCUCGCAUCACGGCCCCAACACUCGUCCCUCACCUGCGUGUUCUCUCCCCUCACGCUCCAUGUCUGCGUGCGCAGCUUCCUGCUCACAAGUACCAUGCACCCUCACUUCUUGCUCCAUUCCUGCUUGUUGCUUACCUUCUUGUUCUCAGACAUCACAACAACAACAUCUUCAGAAUGACCAACCGCCAGCGUGGACAGCUGUGGUACAUCAGCCGCUACAGGUUUUGUUUACCCCAGACUACCGAAAUUCGUGCCCUUCAAUAAUCGAGUCACACAGUCCCGACAAAAAGCCGCUGCGUUUCAUAACCAAUGAUCGCCACCCUUUGGACCUAACAAGUGAAACUGAAACUUCAGACACCAAUACUGGAUCAUUCGACUACAGACUUUUCAGCAAAACUUCUCCCUUCACGCGUCCUUUGCAUCGAGAUGCUCAACACAAUGAUUCUGGAAACGAAUGUGGUACAGCAUUCAGUCCGUAUCAAAGCGUGAAGAAGAAAAGCCUGUACGAAUUUAGCGACACGGCGCAGUCAGAAGACGAUCAAACCCCAACCUGCCGGGACUACUCUGGCUGGCGUUGUAGUCCAAGCGAAGGAUGCAUGUCAACCCAUCCUUCCUCACACAGCAUAGCAACUUUUGAAUCUGGCAAAUCAAACUUAUGUUUGGAUCGCCCAACUAGCACGACCACCGUUAUUCAGAGAAGCUACAGUACAGCAAAUACCCCAACAAAUGUCGACUCAACUCCAACGUCUACUCCAUACCAUCUGAACUCCUCCGAAGAUUAUAAUCUCACAAACAACGCGUCCGAUAAAGAUAGCAUCAACGAGGAAACUUUAAUGUCGCGCAAAACGGACAGUUUGGAUGAGGAUGUCACAAGUUCCGACAAUCCGGGACCAAGAUUGUCAUGGUCUCCUAAACCAUCCAAGAAAAGAAUUGGACGCGGCCGCAGCAUGAGGAGGGAUGAGAAAUGCCUCAACCAUCCUGAUGAUAAGCUCACGGACGUUGGAACAACUUGCACCUGUUCUGCAAGCAAAAACAACAAUGGCGUCAAUAACACCAAUACUACUGGGAGACAUGGAGGCCGGAGACGCAGAGAUGUGUCCCCUUCUCUUUCCCUGGGGGGCAUCUUUGGUGGACGAAAUACCAUGUGGAACGGAGGUCCCGGUCAGGAAAGCCCUCCGCCGGGCCGCCGAGACCCAUACCGUCGAAGCGUGAGCCUCGGUCAAAUCCUGCAGGGGGAUGGCCACAGCGAGAGGUCUGCCCACCGUGGGUCUCGUGAAGGUUGCACCCCAGAGAUUGACGACCCAGAUGGUGACACUGAUGAACGUGAACUCACUGAGUUCGAGAAGGAGAACUUACUUUUCUUGAAGGACCUAGACAACAGCUAUCAUAACCAGGAGCCUAUAUACAUGGAGCCUUACGAUAUGAACCAUAUGCUGCAGAUGUAUCAGCAGCAGCCUGGGCCGUAUCACAGGACCGCGUCAGUUCUUUCUAACAGCAACACGAGUCUUGUGUCCGCUUACUCGGAUGACUCCGUUUCUGGAGAGUCAACACCACGUGGAAGCUGCGGUAGUCCAUUUAGGGGAUCGGGGCAAAGACCUUCCCCGAGCAGAGCACAGAACUGCUACCUCCUUCGCAGUGCCUCACGUCCCCAUGAGGAACAACCUGCAGAGGAGGAAGACGAAGUCGAAGACGACGAAGGAGAGGAAGAAAAUCUUCCGUCCAGCAGGGCUCGUUCCAGCAUCCCCGUCCCGACGUCCAUGAACCCUCUGGCCAUCGCUGCUGCGGCUGUGGCCGCCGUAAACGCUGCCGCGGCAGCACAGUACAAUCAUAACUCCGGCUCCGGGCCAAGCACCAUGUCCAGUUCGGGAGGCGUGUCUUCCGCGUCGUGGUGGAGCAACAAUUUGUAUGGCAAUUCCUCCACUCUUCCUCGUCUGCGCUCCUCUGACCCUCCACUCCACUCCAGCACUCACAUGGGCACCCCUCCUCGGGAGAGGAACUGCGAGUCGCCUUCGAGUAGUCGUGUUAGAUCCAUACCUUCCCACUCGACAGCUCGAACCCAUUCAUCUUCUUCGUCUGUGUGUCAGUGGACCCGCUCCAAUUCCCCAACCACGACAAGAACUCAUUCACCAACUUCCACCUUAUCGGCUGCUCCUCCUUCACAAAUCCCGCGAUCUGUGUUGUCUCUCCGGCAGUCAUUUGCUCGGAACGCUAUUACCUCAACCUCUUCUAAUCAAUUUCCUUCGUCGGGUAUUCCUUCUACUAGAGGACUGCGCUCCCUCUCCUCUGCCUCCUACAGAGGUGUGGGGAUGAACUCGUCAGUCUCAGCCAUCCCCAGGAGCCGAGGAUCACGCGAUCGUUCCCCACAUAAUGAAUCGUCUUCGGGCACCUCCAGGAUUCCUGGGCAAUCUUCGUUGUCAGCCGACCGCUUCAUUCAAGAAUCUCCUCGAAAAGACUCCGACCCCGACAUCAGCGCCGAGGUUCCUCCAAUUCUAACUGGUACCACACCGGCCGCCGGUCAAGCUUCUUCACCUUCGGGGGCGGAUGUCAAGAGUCUUAGCGAAGCCGUUGGGGGCGAGGACGAUACUGAGGGUGCAGGUGGUGCUGGCAAUUCUGGAGAUGCUGCUUCCUCCACUGGGUCGGAGGGCAGGAGAGCUGCUACAGCAUUCACCAUAGAGCUCGACAAAGAAGACGACGGUGAGGGUUCAGCCAAGAAGCUGGACAUCGCGGGUCCGUUAUCGAAGUGGGCGCCUAAACACAGAAGAAACUUGAGCCUCACCAAAGUCGAGGAGAAUAAGGUUGUGAUGAAUUUCUUUGAUGAAAACGGCAACUCCCGAGCUCGUCGACGCAGCAGCACUAUGAGCAGACUUGAAAAGGUGGAAGAACGUGGAGGUAAACCUCCCGUAUACCGCGCCCGGAGUGGUACCCUUGGUGUGGGUGGUGGCGCCUGCAACCCUGGUGCUGGUGGUGUGUUGCUCAGGAAGGUUGGAGGCUACCACUCUGAGGGUUACUUCUCAUCUGACCAGGAUGAGGACGCUCCUCGGAAAACAGAUGUGAAGAGUCCUCGCUCACCUCGUACUCCUGAUGCCGCCAAGUCACCUGUUGUUGUAACGCUCGCAAACGGCGUCCCUAAAUCUCCGUCCCAGGACUUCUCCAGAGCCUCAUCCUCUUCCCUCAGAGGCCGACCAGCAAGUCCCGAUCUCGGGGCAGCUCGCCGCACCUCCGCCGCAACCAUCACUCUCAACGAGUCCGCUAACUUCCUUAUAGAAAAGAUGAUCAACUCUACGCCUGAAACUAAGAGAAAAAGCAGCGUUGGCAGCCGACCUGGUGAUAGCGCACGGACCUGCUGCAAGGGGCUGGACAAGAAACCAUCUGUCGCCGACAUCACUGGCAGGAGUAGUAGAUCUUCUUCUGAAAAAGGCAGCAAGGGCAGCUCAAAGAUGGACGGCAGGAAACAAGAGGAUAGUACGCACACCAAUUGCCAGCCUUUCAAAAUUGACAGGCUCGCAGACGACAUGGCCAGAGAAGAGGAUGAGGUGAGUGAGGCUGGCACCUACACAAUCGACAAGGAGUCUUCCCCUGACGCGGAUAAGCCUCAAGCCGACAUCGAAGGCGCCUUCAGACACGCCGCGCUGGCUGAGGAGGCGACGGCGUACGGCAGCGCCAACACGCCGCUCUGGGACACUGCUGAGAUGAAUAGCGGCAUCAGUCGCAGUAGCCCCAACUGGAUCCAGCAGUGGGCUGCUCAAGUAGCCGAACAGACGAGUGGGGGGGAUUUAUCAGACCCUAGUAAAUGCAAUGAGCUCCCUACAUUGAAGUCUUCUCACACCUCUACGAGAUUAGGCAAAACCUCUCAUCUGCCAUCUGCAGUUGGUUCCUCUGCCGAUAACGACCAUCUUCGGCCGCGCCGAAAACUGCCAACUCCUCCGUCCCUAAUGCAGCAAUCUUAUCCCUCUAGUGCUGCUCGUAGUAACGAGCUCGCUGAGCUCGAGGCCCUUGCCAAAACCAGGCUGAUGUCGUUAUGCGAUGAGGCGGACCGUGAAGCUCUUCAGGUGUUGCAGGACACUGAGACACGGAGUUACCUUCGUGACACUGAACACCUGCUAACAUCCCUACAGGCUCGCGUCACUGACAACACUCCCAUCACUUCUUCUGGUGGAUACAGGAUAGCUUCCUUCGAGUCGCAUGACUCGGGAGGAGACUCUGAUGUGGACACAAGUACAUCCUUCGCCUUACAAGAGGAUAGAACUCCUGCCCUCCGAUCUAAGCUGAAAUUGUCCGGACUGGAUAGUUCUUCGAAAGGAUUUGGAGCUGCACUCAAUAACUCUAGAACCUCCAAAGUUGACCCAGUUGUUUCCUCUCAUCUAAAGCGGGAGCGAUCCAUCGUUUCCGAAGGAGGGUAUGCCAAAUCCUUAUUGCCUUGUACAGUAACUAAUCCCAUGUCCAAAUCACUAUGCCUGGUAGGUUGUACUAACUCUGAAGCCUUGUGUCAAGGCAGUUGUUUAAUGACAAAGUCUCUCACGGAAGAGAUACCAAACUCAGAAGCGCUCGGUCAAUUGAAUUGCACGAUUACAAAGCUACCGGGCCAAGCAAGCUGUACUGAGCGGGACUCGACUAGUUUCACUGCAGAGAAGAGUGAACUAUCAGAUAGCAGUAGCGAGACGAGUAUGAAGACGCAACGCAAGACCAUGAACAAUCCGCCUCUCAAGUACAAUAGAGCCUUUAGUUUAAGAAGAGCUCGGCUUGGUGCCGACGAUGUUCACAACGCCCGUCAAGCUCCCCUCACCCCUACCGAACGUCGCAAACAAACAUCUCCUUUACUCAGAUCUUCCAGCGCUGCUGCCGUGCCCCGAAAAACGCCUCACGUUCGCAGCACAGGAGGCGCCACGGUCCCAUCUUCACUUCAACAGGGAGUGUCUAAGUCGCCGUCGAGAUCGUCAAUAAAUAAAAAGGAUUUCGCAUCAAACAAGAAAGCUACUGGCCUAUCACGGCCUGGUGCCGCUGCACUCUCUACCAAAGAAGUCGAUUUCCAAAACUGGAAGAGACGGAAAAAUUACGACCCCAUGAAAGCUGCUAAGGAUGGGAGGCAGAAGCAGCUCGAGAAACGGAAUACUGAGAAGAUAACAAACGACAACAUAACUUCCUCUGACAGAGGCUCUCCGAGCCCUCCAGGGUCGCUGCUUCGCUCGGCUUCGUUCCACGGCACUGAAGCGAUGCUGGGAGGCGGCAGUCGGUGGCCGAGGUUGCCGCAGAGCUCAUACAUUCCGCCCAACACGUACACCAGUGAAGACGACGGGCCUAUGUCGUAUGAUGAGGAGUCUGCAGUAAACUGCUUGCCUCGUUCGUCGCCCUUACGAAGAUCACCUACCAGCCCGCAUCAGCUCAGCCAAUCACCGCACGCCUCGUCACCAAGCCACAGCGCUGCUGCUGCCAGAAGACGACGCUCGUCUUACGCUCACUCCGACGACAGCGAACACGUGCUUUCCUCGCCUUCACGCAAGAUGACCGUGGAGGAGACGGGCAGCGAAGGGAAACGGUCGCCACUGAGCGUGGGAGGCGGUAUGACGUCAUCGGCUGGGUCGAGAGGAGCGGCGCUUCCGUCCAACAGUGGCCGCAAUCGUGCCAAGAUCGAAGCCCUUGACAACCUCGUCAUCUCCACAAUACAUUCACUUUCCAACAAAGUCAGAGGCACUUCCGAAAAUUUACUACAAAAGCUCAAGACCCAAUAUGGAGAGGAAGAUCGCGAUCGAGCAGACCUGCUACAGAAUGUCCUGAACCAUCUGAACAGCGAGUCGGAGAGCGCGUCUUCUCAAAUUCGCUCCACAUCCAAAGACCUUUCGGGAAUUCUCAAAAAUCUGAAGAAGAUACAAACUGCUCUCGAAGUGAUAGACCAAGUGAUGGUGGAGGGCGGUGGAGACUAUGAUGAUUUAGAAGACAUCGACUGGCCGCCCAACGCUGCCGGCUCUGAUUAUUAACGAAAUUUUAUUAUUUAAGUAAUUAUCGCACGAUUGAAUGUUUUCAAUUAAUCUUUUUGCAUGAAUUUAACAACUGUAACGGAAGCUAAUAUAUUAGUACUUCAUAAGUUUAUACAUGUAUUUAGUCAUCAAAUUUUGAAUGGUAGUUUCUUUACGAUUGAAUGUUAUUCAUUACUUAAAAUGAUCUUUUUGGGUCAUUUUCUGGUGUUGUGAAUUCGCAACAUUUGGGUCGAUAAAGUCACUUUCUGAUUCACAAUUCUUUCAUCAAACUUUUAUUUCAUCUGUGAUCAAGGUGGGUCUGAUCCACCGUGUUGGCUAAGUUAGGUUUUAAAAAGUAACGAGUAAUUCAUCAAAUCUGUCGCUAAUCGCCGGUUGUCGUACAAUUGUGUUAAUAAUGAACUUGCAACAUAAUUGAAGUAAUAAAUUAAGAUUUCAUCG